CUGCAUGGCCGGCCUGGGAUGCCGGGGUGUGAUGGCCGACAGACAGACAUGGCCCCGAUGGCCAGCCUCUCGACGCCCAGCCGAGCCGAUCAGAGACACAAUGGCAACAUUGUCUCUGCGCCGGAUCAGCGAUCCCGACCAGGGCGAGACAACCGACCCGCCAUCGCUUCCACAGCAGGCCACACCAGCCAGCUGUUCCCAACACCGUAUCGAGCCCACCCGCCCCCGCCCAACACAGCUACAGCCGCCCAGCAGCUUUACCCAAGCAAGUCAUCGAUCGCACUCCUGCAAGCUUCAGCUAUAGAUUAGGACCGAGAUGUUCUUGAAGCCCAACCGUAGCUCUGGCAAGCUCUCAAAUGCAGUCAGCGUUUCAUCGCAAGAUCUGCCCAGGAGCCGCAGCCGUGGCUCGAUUUCACCGACGCUGCCUGAUCAAACACACAAACCAAUGGCCAGAAUCAUGUUCGAAAAAUACGACAUUGAUGGGUCCGGAAGCAUCAGCAUUCACGAGUUUCGGAAGUUAUGCUAUGACCUCGGAUACUAUCUCUCGGAUAAGGAACUGGAAAUCGACAUCAAGCUGCUGGAUGUCAACGGCGAUCGGGAGAUUACAUAUGACGAAUUCAUCAAGUGGUGGAUGAGCGACCACAGGUUCAAGAUGCUGCAGCUAACACCCGAGGACUAUGUCCAGCUCCAGAAGGCAUGCCAAGACUUUCAAAAGUUUGACAAGGACGAUAGCGGAUGCAUUGAUAUCCGUGAGUUCAGGGGACUCUACAACGACUUGGUCAAGAAAAACAUGGCGCCGAGCUCGCUGACGGCCACACUACAACAAAUCGAUACGAACAAGGAUGGGAAAGUGAGCUUCAACGAAUAUGUAUAUUGGCUGGUUGAAGGGAGAUUGAAUCCACCUCUGAGUCGUCGAAAAAGCACCGAUGCACCCUUACGACAGAGGUCUACUCAAUGAAGACGAUCGCUGGUCUUGGGAUUGGCCAGACUGCCCGACAAUGUACCGCCACUUCCCAUCCAUCAUCCCUCCUUUCCCCUCGCCGUCCACCCCGGUUGUUCCUACAGCUUGUGCAGGCGAAAGGAACCGAGCAACUCCACUUUGAAGUCAGAUGCCACCAUUAGAGUAUUCAAAAAUGGAAACGAGGCGCUCUGUAAUUGUGGCUUUGUUUUGGGAAUACAUACGCACAUGUACCAUUCA